GAGCGCGACAUUAUCUGACUGACUGUAUCGAUCUAUCCACAUACGAAAGCCAUACUGCUCCUUGCCACUCUUCUCGGUUGAAGAGUGUCCCUUUAAAGGGCUACUUUAACGACGCUUGCGGAACACGCAAGCAUGCGUUGACACCAAUAACAGCUAUGAGCUCAGCACAAAAUGAUCAGCAACGUCAGCAAAAUAAUUCUGGGGCGAACGAUCAGGAUGGUGAUGCGCAGCUAGGUGGUGGUCAGAGCACCUUCAGACCGAUUGUGCCAGGCCCUUCGUUCCCUGAUCAAGGGGUGCCAACGGCCGGUACGAAACGGACUAUGGGAGCAAGUUGGAAGAAGAGAGUGUCGACAGCAUGUCUGGCAUGUAAGAAGUCGAAACGAAAGUGCUCUGGGACUCCUCCAUGCGAUAACUGUCGCGCUCUUCAUCGAGAAUGUAUAUUCGACGAGUCACUCGAUCAACGGCGGCGCGUUGCUGCCAAACGAACAGCCGAAGAAUUAGAGUAUCACCGCGACAUGCUAAACGAUCUGUUCAAGGUUAUCCGGACAGCAGAUGAGAAACAAGCGCAAAGGUUGUUAGAACUUAUACGAAGCGAUGCGACCCCGGAAGAGAUUCGUCUAUUUAUAGAUGAAGUUCUCGUUCAACUGCAAACCUUUGAACCAUCCAGUAGAGCGAAACGAGAAACGACGGCACAGCUGAAAGAGCUCAGAAGUCAAGCAAAUAUGCAAGGAUCAGCGCCUUCUUUUAGACGUCAGGUUAUGGAUGUCAAUUUCUUGUGUGUUAUCCCACCUAUCGCGGUCCCUGCGAGUCCGUGGACGACAGUGACCGAUGACGACGCUUUCGUCUCGCAUUUGAUUUCUCUUUAUUUCACGUGGGAUUAUCCUUUUUACUCGUUUUUGGAUUUGAAUGUGUUGAUCAAUCACAUGAAGUCGAGGGAUUUGAAUUCACAGUAUUGUUCGCCUUUUUUGGUGAACGCGUUGCUGUCUCAUGCUUGUAGCUACUCAGAGUACUCGGAGGCAUACGGCAUACCAGGAGAUAUCACCAGUAAAGGCUCCAAGUUUCUGAAAGAAGCUGAGAAGUGUUUGGAGCAACGAAGCGACGAUGUCAGUCUCUCCUCAUUACAAGGGACAAUGAUUCUAUAUGAAAGAUAUUCGAUGACUGGUCAGGAUGAUCUGGGAUACGCCAUGCUCUAUAAAGCCAUCGAUAUUGCGGAGCAAUUGGGAUAUAUAGGUGGUGAAGGACAGGAUGUUGAUCUUAGUCAUACUUCCAAGGACUUUUACAACUCAGCGAUAAAAACAGUAUGGGGGUUGUUUCAACUUGAUACGGUCGCUCAUACUGGAUUCCUUAAGCCCUGUCGCAUCAGAAACGUACGCCUCUCAAGAACGCCAGCACUCAGCAUAGAGCGAGAUUCAGAUUACUGGUCUCCUUAUCCAUCUCAGAAACCGCCCCGGAAAGCCUACUUUGUCACCUACUUUGAUAAAGCGUGUACAUUGAGUGAGAUUGCGAGGGAUAUUUCCAUUACACUUUUCGCCGAUGAAAUCGUUGACGACAAGGAGCGACUCUCCGCGGCAGUUGACUCGUUGUAUCAGAGGAUGAAAAGGUGGCACGAGAGUCUUCCAUAUGAGUUUCAUAUGUCCAAGAAGCCCGCUCCUCAUAUUCUUCUCCUUCAUAUACGAUAUCACACUAUUCUUAUCAGCAUGUUCAAUUGCCCUCGAGGACAUAAUGAUCAGGAUAGAUCAACGGAUUUGGGAACAGCAACUGUAGCAACAAGAUCCCAAAUGCCCGAAGGUGGCGAAGACCCGGCAUCAAUAGCGACAUCAUCUGCACGCGCAAUCGCUAAACUCAUCCGGGUCCACCAGGAGGAAUACGGAAUAAGCAGGUCGCACGUCUUUGCAUUAUAUGCGGUGAACCUGGCAUUAUUCCUCUUGCUGGAAUACGAUACCUUUGAUAUUUCAGACCCAGAUUGUGUCUCCUUGACGUCUGCAUUCUCGAUCAUCACCACGAGGUCUAUCCUUGGUCGUGAGGUUCGAUCUAUCUUCCGUCGAUCGGUCAGUAAAAAGAAAUCAGAUGGCGAGUCGAGAUGGGAACAGCUACCCGAGGGUCUGAGGGAGAUACUAGAAGACGACCCCUUCGAGACAUCUGGUUCAGAGGCUGAUCAUGAUGGACAUGAUGGCAUAAGCGACGAAGCAAACCAUGAAGGAAAUACAUCUACGACGACAACACCCCUAUCACCGACAGAAGAAGAUAGACGAGUGCAAAAACUAAAGAAGAAUCGAGGUCCCCAGGAAGGAUCAAGGGGGUUGUGUGAGAUGUUGUGUCGAUAUGAGACUAUGACUUUGGGACGUGAUGAUCAAGUUACGGGGAAGAAGUAGUGUAGAUUUUUGUGUGAUAGAUUAGUGGUCAAUGUUCGCACUUGAAAAGAUUUGUAAUGAUGAUGGAUGUGUUCAGGAUAUGUAGAUGAAUUGAACUUGGGCUUAGGGCUUUGAGAUGGGUCUCGCCAUCUAAUUGGUGGGUAGUUAUUUUAGGGCUAGGAGCUUGUAUUCCCUCUGGCUAUAUGUGCAUGGCUUCAAGUUAUUUAACCAUCAAUGAUACGAUUAGUUC